AUGAACUUGCUUAAGAUUCUAGAUGGUACUCCUGAACCACCGAUUAUAGACUUGCGUUUAGAAAAUGUUAAUCGAAGCGGUGAUUAUCAUCUACCGACUCCAAUGUACGAAUUUCAAAAAGAGUUAACAGACCAAAUAGUUUCGUUACAUUACCCAGAUAUUCUUAAAUAUUGUGAAACGAAUGACAAAAAUGACCUUAUUAUUAAAUCAUUGGAGAUUUGCAUUAAUAACUGCAUGCUUGUAAGCACACAUCCAUAUUUAUUAAUUAACCAUUACAUGCCUAAAAAUUUGGCACUGAAAGAUAUGCUGAGUAAGUUGGCGGAUACAAGUGGGAAAUUCAGCGUUUUAAGAGACCUAAUGAAUGUUAUUAUACUGAACACUACGAGAAAUACUAAAACUAUAGGUGUGGUUUUGAAUAAUAAUGCUAAAUUCUUCGAUUUGGUUGAAGCGUUAUUAUUGGGUUGUUCAGGAAAUAAAACAAUAAAACGAUACAUAGGUAAUUAUGUGGAAAAAGAAUCUUCAAAGACAAAUAAAAGUGGGGAUUCUAAUAAGCCGGUGACAAACAUUCAUUUGUUGCCAUUUGACGGUAAGGUGACGAGGGAUGAGGAACAGUUUGCUCAGACUAAGUUUGAUGCAUUGAUUGUAUUCGACAGCUAUGUUGAUACGAAUCACGAAUUUUUCCAGAAGCUUAGGACUCAAAAUAGGCGUAAGGAAGCAAUAGUAAUAAGGUUAGUUCCAGUGAGAACGGUGGAGCAUUGUCAAUUGUACUAUUCCGACAUGACCACGCAAAAUGAUUACUUGUACAAAAUAAUAUCGUCAAUUGUUUGUUUAAGAGAACAUAUCGGUAUUCUUCCACCUGAUGUAUUUCCUAUAUUCAACCAGCACUUGAAAUAUUUAUCUCAUACUUUUUUUGACUAUGCAUUCAAAGGUAGUCGAAGUAAUCUGUUUCCUGAAUGGCCUUUACCCGAAUUAUCAAAAAUUCCAAAGUUCAGCGCCACAGAUAUUGAAAGAUCCUUAUUAACUGAGGUACAUUACCAUUAUACACCCUACGAUUCCUCGGAAGGAAAUCUGCAGAAGCCGCAGAAAAAGAAGCCAUCUUAUUACGAAGCUAAACGACUAGAGCUGGAUUAUGUGACCAAUUCGUUAAGGAAUGACUUCAAUACUUUGAUUGGUAUUUUUGGAAACGAAAGUAACAUGACAGUUAAUUCCGAUAUCAAUAGAAAUAUCUUGACCCAUAAGCUAAUAACUCAAUUGAAGACAGCUUAUUUGAAUUGGAAUAUAGCGGAUGAAGAGCAUAAUACGUAUAUUGAUUAUAAUAGACCCGAUAUUCAAGCGAGGGUUGGAAGACGAGAGGAUGAAACUAAACAUGCAUUAUCCAAAAUAAUUAAUGAUAUCGACCAUACUGAAUCUCGUAUAUUGUUUGCAGAAAAGAAAACAUUAAGGAAUAUCCAAGAGCUAGAAUCUACCAAGGAGGAAAUGAAGGAUUUUGAAUCUAAGCUAAUUUCUUUUAUUGCAGACAAUAGUAUUACUAAUGAGAAGUUAAAGAAAUUCUAUGAUCAACAAGUCAAAAUUUGGGAACUUCAGGCCAAGAUAAAGGAGAAUUUGGCUAAAAUUAAUUCAAAACACGAAGAGAAAAACUACAUGGCGAAUGAAUGCGCCAAUGCAGCAAAUUCAAUAAUAGAGUCUAAAAAUCAGGUACAGAUGGCACAAGAACUAAAUAAUCAAUUAAAAAGAAGGAUUGCUAUUUCAAUUGAUUCGGGUUUCGAAGAGCGCACGAAGUUUAAGAAACAGAAAACAGAAUUAAUGGAAGAAAUUGAGGCUGAAAAAGUUAUUAAUAAAACAUAUCAAGCGAAACUAGGUAAGUCUUUAAAAUUCUUAAAAGAGACUUCGCAUCUAAAGAAAAGGAAAAGUAGAGGUAUCACUCCAAAUGGUAAAUAA